CAAAUUACCAAAUUUUUAACAUAAUUAGAAACUUUAAUUUUAUCAAGAUUAAAAAUUUGUUUAUACCAGUAAUUGACAUAAAUAAUUUAUAUUGUACUUGGCUUUUCACUCUACACUUGUAGAUUCAUACAUAUAAAGUCAGCCCUUAGCUCUUGAGCAGUAGUAACAUUGCAAUCAAUUUGAAAUUCUCGAGCCAGCACAUGCGCAAAGAAGUUCUCGAGCGUUCGUUGGCUGCUAUGUCUUCUGCUAGACGUAUAUGAUUGUACUGUGUACAUAAAUGGGUCACGCGCAACCAUCAUUAUCGUAUCGAAAUUAAUCCAGUACUCUUUGAUCGUCGUUAAAAAAGUAUCGUUCGUUGCUAAAAACACCGUUGAUCAGCAACAACAGCAAUAACUACCCAACAAUGGCUAGCAAUGGAUGGAAAGUAGUACAAGCACACGUGCCUCUCAUAAGGUUUCGCAAAGGUGGAAACGCUCGAGUUGUAGGGGCUGCUGCUAAGGUGGCUUCCUCUGCUGGUGGCUCGCAGCAUUCAGCGCCGUCAGCGACGACGAGCAAGCCCGCCGGUGCCACUGGACCCAACGUCCUUGUGUUGCCGGUCAUCGAAGACUUUCAGCUGCCUCCCCGUUUUCAAAGGCGUCAAAUUGACAUCAAAGAAAUGGAUUACAUCAACCGUGGAGGCCCUGAAUGAGUAUCAUACGUCAUGCCAAAACAGCUACCCCUACUGCCCACAGCUUACAAGUUUAUAGAUUAUUUCUGCGAUGACCUGGUCACCAUCUACUCAGGAACUUUGUCACCGUAGGUGAUGGUUCAAAAUGUCAAGUUAUAUGUUUUAUGCAUCAUUUCAUCAAAAUCAUUAUAAAUUUUUAACAUAACUCGUUACUUAAAUUACACUACAAAUUAUUGUUAGAAAAUAUUUUGAAAAAUAGGAGUAAGUGUGAGAUGAGCUUGCGAAUCAAGUUACUGUAAAAUAUUUCUAAAAGUAAGGAAAAUAAAGACAGUUGAAUUUUGAAAAGUUGAACACAA